AUUGUACCCGAGUUGUACGAUCAGGGCCAUCUUUGCUUGUCCUCGCCGGUGACAGUGUGUGUGUGUGGUCACUUCACAUUUUGUCAAUUUUCUGGCGAAUGAUAGUUUACAGUUUUUAAUUUGGUUGGGAACAGCUGGUUGGGUAGAACAGAGCCGAACACCGGUGCGAGGAUCUGUCUUGUAUCCAGCAGGAACCGUAUCCUCCCUUCCUUCGGUACCCUUCAUUUCAUUUUUCUGACACAGGGCGAGACGGAGAGGCGCUGCUUGCACCAUGGAUGAGGAAUAUGAUGUGAUUGUUUUGGGAACCGGGCUCACAGAAUGCAUUCUGUCGGGGAUCAUGUCUGUGAAUGGGAAAAAGGUGCUGCACAUGGACAGGAACCCAUACUACGGAGGGGAGAGCUCUUCGAUCACACCCCUGGAGGAGUUGUACAAGCGUUUUAACCAGCCGGAAACUCCCCCUGAGUCCAUGGGCCGAGGCAGGGACUGGAACGUUGACCUCAUCCCCAAGUUCCUCAUGGCCAAUGGCCAGCUGGUGAAGAUGCUGCUGUAUACAGAGGUGACCCGGUACCUGGACUUUAAGGUGGUGGAGGGGAGCUUCGUUUACAAAGGAGGAAAGAUUUACAAAGUUCCCUCCACCGAGACCGAGGCACUGGCUUCAAAUCUGAUGGGCAUGUUCGAGAAGCGCAGAUUUAGAAAGUUUUUAGUUUUUGUGGCAAACUUCGACGAGAAUGACCCCAAAACGUUUGAGGGUGUCGACCCAAAAACCACCACAAUGAGAGACGUUUAUAAGAAGUUUGACCUGGGACAAGAUGUCAUCGACUUCACCGGACAUGCCCUUGCCCUCUACAGGACAGACGACUACAUGGACAUGCCGUGUUUGGAAACAAUCAACCAUCUGUACAGUGAAUCUCUGGCUCGAUAUGGAAAGAGCCCCUACCUCUACCCCCUGUAUGGGCUGGGCGAGCUGCCACAGGGCUUUGCUAGGUUGAGUGCUAUCUAUGGUGGGACAUACAUGCUGAACAAACCUGUGGAGGAGAUUGUGAUGGAGGGAGGCCAUGUGGUCGGAGUCAAGUCUGAAGGAGAGGUGGCGCGUUGUAAGCAGCUGAUCUGUGACCCGAGCUACAUCCCUGACCGUGUGCGUAAAGCAGGUCAGGUCAUCAGGGUCAUCUGCAUCCUCAGUCACCCCAUAAAGAACACCAACGACGCCAACUCCUGCCAAAUCAUCAUCCCCCAGAACCAAGUCAACCGCAACUCAGACAUCUACGUGUGCAUGAUCUCAUACGCUCAUAACGUGGCGGCACAGGGCAAAUACAUCGCCAUUGUCAGCACCACCGUGGAGACCGCCGAGCCUGAGUCCGAGAUCGCACCUGCACUGGAGCUGCUCGAGCCCAUAGACAAGAAGUUUGUGGCCAUUAGUGACAUGUACGAGCCCACAGAUGAUGGAUCCGACAGUCAGAUAUUCGCGUCGCGGUCCUACGAUGCCACCACUCACUUUGAAACCACCUGCAACGACAUUAAAGACAUCUACAAACGCAUGACCGGCUCCGACUUCGACUUUGAGAACAUGAAGCGCAAACAGAAUGACGUGUUCGGAGAGGACGAGCAGUGAGCACCAGGGGGCGACGCAGAGGCCAGGCGGAAAUACUCACACUGCAAAAAAAUAUUAUUCAUAUGAGAUAAAAUGACUUGAAUUUAAAAUAAUUAUUUAGAUUUAGUAAUUAUGGCUAGUUUAGAUGCAUUUAAUACACUCAAAAAUGAGUUCAAAUAACGGUUUUGUAUCAUCUUUUUCUAUCUGAAAAUAAAUGUUAAUUCAAAGUAUACAAGUUAGGUAAAAUGCUUUGGAUCAACAUAAAAAUGAGUGGUGAAAUAGGACUUAUUAGGAUUAUUUCACUUUAUACAUGGCAGACAAUUCCAAAUAUUUCAACAAGUCCUCAUAUCUAGGCCUACAAACUUAAGACAUCUAAAGGAAUAUGCAGGGAUGGCGUAUGCGUGAGUGAAGCCUAAGUUAGUCAGAACUACUCCAAUCAAAUUGAUAUUAUGAAUUCAAGUCAUUUUAACUCAUGCCGACGUUCAUUUUUGCAGUGCAGGUACUCCUUUGUUGUCUCUACGCCCUGAUCUCUCCAUUCACACAGACACGCUGUUAAAAUACUCACUUUUUGUCACUGAAAAGCAGGGUUGAUGCGGUUUUUCCAUUACACAUUGUAGAUAAUAUAUAACCAUGUGUUCUCCUAGCUGUGAAAUGAAACUGUCAAUGAUUUUCAAUGCUUUAUGAUUUUACUCAUUUUAAAGUUCACAUUGGGACAAAAAUCACCACAAGAAGUUAUAGAAUUUUGAGACUUGAAAUGGCGUCGUGUAGAUGCUAUAGUUAAACCAACUGCCUCUCUGUAUAUUGUUUGUACUAUCACUGUUAAAACAAAAGGUCAAAUUCACACAACAUAACAGCAACGUGGAUCAACAGACUUGUUUUAAAAGACAAUUUUGAAGUGCAAUUCAAUCUAGCUAAGAUCAAAAUGCCUAUAUUAGUUGAGAAAUUUCUUGAGAGUUAAGAAAACAUGCCUUGAUGUUUUUUUUGUAUCUUACUUAUUUAGAGUGCAAAAUGAACAAUAUUGUACUCUGACAAUUUAAUUUAGACUCAAAGAUAAUUGACAUUUUAGCAGUGUAGUCCAACUUUACUACUACUUUUGAGGUGGUGACUCUAGCUAUAGUAAUUCUACAUGUAUAUUUCCCGUUGUUGUACAUAGCAGUUCCGCAAAAUGAAGGCUGGCCCAUUCAGACACCUCUCCUAUCAACCCUGCUUUACAAUAUUACAACUUUCUCUUGUCUUAUUUCAAUAGACGCGACUACUUUUUGCAAAAAUCAGGCAAAUGUGAAAUCGCCUGUACAAAACCGCCUGUUCAGUGCUCACUUUGCAUUGCUGUUGUGUGACCCUGUGCUAGCAAACAAGCUAUCCAGUGGCUAAUACUAGGCUAACUGUCACCCCCACACUACCCUCCUACCCGAAAAUGUUGAUGAUUUCUGUUUUUGUUGCGUAUUCUGAAAUUUCAAUAGUCUAUAAUAUGUUCUAACACUUUAAAUUAUUGAAGAGUUUUAUUUCUAUAUAUUUGGUGCACAGUUCACUGGCUGAAGUGAUGACGUUUACCGUAUGUGAUCGAAACUUUGGUCUUCAAGAAAGUUUAGUGGGCACAUUUGAAAAAAAAAAAGAAUCUAUAUGAGUUAAAAUGACUUGAUUCGGUAAUUUUUGAUUGAGUAGUUAUGGCAAGUUUGCAUUUAUUUACUUGUUCAGUAAUUUUGAAAGUAUUUCUGGAUUUUAUGGUUAGAAAAUUAUAUCUAAAUUAUAUAAAAAGCUAAUAUGACACUACUAACAUUAUGUUGUUACCAGUCAAAAACUAGGGAAAAACAAACAAACAAACAAAAAAAAAACCUCUUUAACCAAUCAUUUUAGGUUUUAUUAGUAAAUAAAUUGAAAUGUGUUAAAACUACUCAAGAUUCUGGAGUUUAAGUCAUUUCAAGUCAUGUAGAUUUUUUGAUUUUUGCAGUGAAAGAGUGUUAAAAAAACGGAUUGUGAAACUGCAAGUAUGUGAUUUUGAGAAGAGGUUUUAUGGAGGUUUUCUGGUCCGAACUAGAGAAAGUUGUGUUAAGAUUGAAGACUGAAAUUUCAGCUCAAAGUGAAUGCACCGGAUUGUGUCUUGGUUGUUUGAAUUCAACCCUUGUGUACGUCACUGGAAGAGUCACUCCCUUAGGGGCUAUAGCCAAUGGAAAAACUAUACGCUGUAAAAACUGCAACUACUUGAGUUUAAAACCUAAAAUAUUCAUCUUUAUUUGAGUUGUUUUGACUAGUUUGAGUAACUAAAGUAGUUUGAAUGCAUUUUUGGCCUGUUUCAGAUGACAUGACAACAUUUGAUAAGCCUAUAAUAUUUAAUGGAGACUGGGGUGAAGGUAAAAUUACUAUUGUCAAUAUGCAGGUAUUGUUUCAUUUAAAGUGCAUAGUUGUUACUUGAAGUGGUCAAGUUUAAAUUUGCUAAUUUAAUAUAUUUCAAUAGGGAAAUCUUGCUCUUGCCCUCCAUCACCAAUACUCUCCAAGUCUCCAAUACAUUCGAAAUUACAAUAAAAUUUGUCAGUAAUUUCAGAUUAUAAAUUUAUUUCUGUGUGUAUUAAGAUAAAUAUAAACUGCUUUAUAUUACCAAGUAUAAAAUGAAUAAUGUUAUUGAAAUAAUCUUAACUCAUGUAGAGAUUCAGUUUUUACAGUGCAGUUGUUAAAGCAGGAACACACUAAUUCGCAGUAGCAUAGCAGUAUGAAGCCACAGUUUCCUGCCCCUCGUGAAUGAACCAAUACGAUUUGAUUUGGUCAUAGCCUUAAUUCGGGGUUUCACUGAGAAUGGCUUAUUUUAUUUUAUUCCUUUAGUGCUUGUUCUUUUCUUGUUUUAGAUCCUUCCUGUGCCAAAAUGUUAACGUUAUUGGCAAAAAUAAUGAAGAAAAAAAAAGUACUCUCUUUUACUUUAACUGCCUAUUUUGCAACCAUUUUAUUGCAACAAACCAUUCAAAAUAUGGAACUUGUGCUGGAUUGCACCAUCUAGGUUUAACUUACAAAUAAGCAUUUUCAGUUCAGUAAAUCCGGGCCUAACUUAGCUGAAAGCUUAGCAAAGUUUUGUAUAUGUUGAAAAACUUACAUCACUUCUCUGUGUAAUUAUAAUGAGUUAUACUAAACACACAUUAGCAAUAAUUCAACUUCUAAGAUAAGUUAAAACUGGCUGGUGCAAUCUGCUGUUAAGAUGUUUUGAAUGGGGCUACUCAGUUGUCCUGGCACCCAUAACAUCACUUGAAAUCUGAAUUUUGACAGAUGCAGUGCUUUGCUGUUGCAUUCCAAUCAACCAUUUUUCUUUUAACUUAAACAUACCAACUGAUUCCUGAAUUAACACCGAAAAGGGGAGCUGACUUUCCUUUUGUUUUUGCAGUUUGAAUUUCCGGCAAAUUGUGAACGAACGGUUGCGUCUUAUGCUGAAAACUCUAUGCUUACCUUACUCCAUUACUAGUAUAUCUGGUAGAAUUGAUUUUUUUAAGUGAUGCACACUAACUUAAUUAUUUUGUUUGUUUGAUUGUUUUUGCAGUGUCACAUGUUUACCUAAUUUAGUGGUCAUUCCUGUGUCCAUCAUAGUUUUGCUAUGAUUAAAUGCAUUCCAAAUAAAGUUUCAAUGGAGGAUACACUCUAAAAAAUACUGCUGCCUAUUUCAACAUGUCUCUCUGUGCAUCAGUCAUUAUUGUAUGUGCUCAUUGUACACUGCAUAAAAUAAACACCUUCUGGAAUUGAAAGAGUUUGUUAAAUUUUAAAUAUUAAUCUUUUUGAGUUGACUUUACCAGCAUUUAUUAAUUUUCUAAUAGGACCUAGAUUAUUUAACUUGUUGUACAUGGUAUAUUUGAGUUGCUUAAACAUAAUUUAGCCUGAAAUAUGGGGUUAUGUAUUUAAACCAGUGAGAAAUACUUUUAAUAUAAGUUAAAGUAUCAUGUUUAAAUGAAUAAAUUCAUAUAAGCUUGUCAAACCAACUCAAGAUUAAUAUUUCGCUAACAACUUAUUUUAACUCACUUAGACGUACAUUUUUUGCAGUGUAAAACCAUUAUGACUGGAAAACUGUUUACUGAAUAUAUAUUUGUUGCCUCUCCUUCAUUCAUUAUAACAUUGUCUUUAUUUUGUUUAUGGAAAAAGCCUUGUGCGGUCAUUCUGUAUCCACUCCCAUUCAUUUUUGGCAUUUGAAAAUAACACUAUCGACUUAAUUCCCUUGAAAUGGACAAGUGAAGAUAGUUCAGGCUGAGUAGUAGAAACUUUCUGUCCUUGUUUGAUCACUAGUAUGUGAACAAUGCCUAUAAUGUCUUGUGUAACAAAUAAAAUGAUCUAAACUAUGACUGAAAUUGAAAUGAAAAAUAAAAAGCACAUGGCAAACCUGUGGAAAAAAGUU